CAACUUUCACGAACUGGCUGACGCUCCCACUGAGACCAUCGUCAGAAACUAUCCACAACCUGCUAAUCAGCCCAUGGUUCAAGUGGCUCUGGGACAUCGUCAACUCUGUCGAAUGGCUACACGAUUACUUCACGAGGCGAAUAUAUCUGGUGCGCUCUAAUAUAGUCGACAGUCCAGCCGUGUAUGAAACAGCUCAUGCAUAUCCUACAAUCGCUGCACACACCAACAACUCGUACUACGCCAGGACCCUACCCCCAGUACCCUUGGAUUGUCCUACCCCGAUGGGAACUAAAGGGAAAAAGAAUCUUCCAGACGUGGACACUCUAAUCAAGAAGUUCUUCAUCCGUACAAAACUACGGCUGGAGCCAAUGGGCAGCAGUCUCCUCAUGGCCUACUUCGCUCAACAUUUCACCCAUAUGUUCUUCAAAACGGACUUCCAGAGAGGAGCCGGCUUUACCUGGGGCGGGCAUGGGGUUGAUGUUACUUCAAUUUAUGGACAACAUGAAGGAGAGGAAAGAGCACUGCGGACAGGGCAAAAUGGUAAACUUAAGAUGCAGAAAAUAAAAGGAGAAGAUUACCCUAUGUACCUGAAGGACAUUCCUGGUAUACGCAUGAAGUACCCACCACAUGUGCCAGCAGACCGGCAGUUUGCACUAGGCCACCCAUUCUUUGGGCUCCUGCCUGGCUUGUUUCUGUACCAGACCAUCUGGAUGAGGGAGCACAACAGAGUCUGUGACGUGCUCAAGCUGGAACACCCAGACUGGGACGACGAGCGGUUGUUUCAAACAUCCAAACUGGUUAUAUUAGGAGAGACAAUCAAAAUUGUGAUUGAAGAUUAUGUGGAGCACCUGGCCAACUACAAUAUUAAGAUCAAGUUUAAACCCGAAGUGCUGUUUGAGCAGAAUUUCCAGUACCAAAACAAAAUCAACAUUGAGUUUGAUCAUCUUUACCACUGGCAUCCUCUCAUGCCGGACCAGUUUCACAUUAAUGGGACAAUCUACCCGAUGAAAGACUAUAUGUUCCACUCGGAGUUGGUCAUCAACUAUGGGACUUCUUUGUUUACGGAAGCCUUGUCCAGACAGAGAGCAGGCCAGAUGUCCCACCACAACCAUGGUCCCUACACGAUUAACGUUCUAAGGGAAUUAAUUCUCCAAGGGAGAUCACUGAAAUUACAAUCGCUCAACAACUACAGGAAACGGUUUCACCUUGAGCCCUACACUUCCUUUCAAGAUCUGACUGGAGAAACUAAGAUGGCCGAGGAACUAGAGAGCUUGUAUGGUGACAUUGAUGCUGUAGAGUUCUACGUGGGGCUUCUUACGGAAAAACGCCGAUCAAGAAACCUUUUUGGGUCCACAAUUGUAGAGAUUGGAGGGCCUUUCUCCGUGAAAGGUCUCAUGUCGAAUCCUCUCUGCUCCAAACAAUACUGGAAACCUUCUACUUUUGGUGGCUCGGCUGGGUUUGAUAUUGUAAAGUCUGUGACAUUACAAAAAUUAUUUUGUGUAAAUAUUAAAGGCGUGUGCCCUUUGGUGUCUUUAAGAGUGCCUGAGUUUUACGAAGGAGAUAUUGAUGAACUGAAUACGGAAGUUAAAGAUGAGUUAUAG